UGCCAGCAAAGGGCAUAGUGGCGACGGGAAGCCCAAGAAGAAGCCCUAUCUCUAUACCAAGGACUUACAGUUCCUCCUGCCUGUAAUGGACAUGCGACCGACAGUGGACAAUCUUCAGGCCGAUGAAGAGUCCUCGUCCACAAACCUUGAUGAGCCUGGUACACCUGCAGCUUCUUUUCAACCCCAUGCUGGACCAUCAGAGGCUGAAGAAAGGCCCGAGGAGGAAAGCCAGCAGGAGAUUUCUCCGCCUCAGCCAUCCAGGCGCCAAAGUUCUCGAAGGAGGGGAGGAUCUUCGAGUCAACAAACUGCGCAGAUGGCUCGGAGGGAUUUUAUCGAUUCACAGGUCUUUGAGUACCUAAAUAAAAGUAAAACGGAGACCCCGGAGGACAAAAUUCUCAGAAGCCUGGCUCCAGCCUUAUCAAGAGUGCCUCCUGAACGGCAUUCUUUGGUGCUAUCUUCAUUAGCAUCUGUUUUGUAUCUAUUCGAGGGGGAUAGUAUUCCCCUUGAUGUGAUUCAAUUUAUAGAUAAGGAGAAAUUGAGGCAAGCCCAUAUACGGGCACAAAUUAGGCUACCAAUGCCAUCUUCAGAAAGUGUGGCACAUAUUGCAGGUCCAGGACCCACACAUCCUGGCAGUUCUUCAACCCCUCAAAUUGUUUUUAGGGGAACAGGUCCAUACACAAGGGAGCUGUUUGAUUUAUAAUUUUUUUUUAUAAUUUGGUUUAUAUUUUCAUAAAAAGUUAUU